AUGAAAUUAAAACAAGAAAAUCAAGUUGAAAAAUAUCGUACAUAUCGUAUUGGUGAAUUACCUGAUAUACAAAUACGUUAUAGUGAUAUUAUAA